ACCUCGUAGCACAACCCUGAGAAUGGUUUGCUGACUGUUUUGAGGGUUAUUCACACUGAAGAGUAGGCAUGGAGGAUAAUGGUGCAGACAUAGGUGAUGCUCUAGAUGGUCUAGACGACUUCCUUCAAGAUGAAAAUCUGUUUCAAGACUUGGAAGAUCUUGGAAAAGUACUUGAUGAACUCAACGAGGCUGAUGAUGGGGGAGAGUCUUCUGAUGCUGGGGAAUCUGGUGGAGCCUCGAAAAGAGAUUUUGAAUUUGAUCCCGAUGAAUUGCCAGGCAUUGAUGAUAUUCUGGGCAGUGCAACUAAAACUUCACAAGCAGAGGAAUUGGAAGACGGGGAGAUUUCAGAGGUUGAUGAGAAGAAUGAAUUGAAAGAACUCAAGAAAAGGAAAAUGGAAGUUAUUAACAAGAUGAGAAAAUUAGUCAAACAUAAGAUACAGUUGACAAACCAAAGAAAUGAUUUGCUUUUGCAGCUACAGAGUAAUACACAGCUUGAUAAAGUUACUACCCUGCUGAAAGAGAAUUCACAGCUUGUGAAAGCAAUAUCUAAUCAGAUCUUCAGGAUGAAUCCUGAGAUCAAAGUCCUUAAUGGUAAAAUCAAAGAGUUGGAAGCCAGUAUUGGAGUUGAGACUGAUGAUAGUAAAGACCAGAAAAUAGAGCCUACACCUCCACAGGGUUUCACAGCAUCGAGAAAAGACCUAGAAAAUAUUGAAAAUUUCUUCAAUAGGUUUCCCAAUACAACUGUCAAAAACAAGAAUGAAGUGGAAGUGGGGAAGGUAAAGAAGGAAGAGAAAGAAGCUAUUAGAAGAUUUAUUUCCUUAGAUGAAAAUAGUGGUCCAAGUAAAAUUUCGUCUAUGGAGCCAAAUAGGGACACAAGUGCUAAGUCGCUGUUACCAUCUUCAAAAUCUCAUAGGUUAGCGUUUGAUGAGAGUAAAAUCAAGAAGAUGUUUGAAAAGGCUUGUGAAAUUACAGAGAAGACGCAGGCAACGUCAUCAUCAAACACUUCAGGAAAUUCCUCUCGUUUUGUUGAGAAAAAAGUCACAAGUACCUUUGACAACAGAAAGGAGUCACCUUCCAAUACAAAGAGAUCUUCUGAUUCUAUAGAAAACAGUAUUGAUAAGAGAUUAAAAGAGAUAAGAUUGCAGAGUUCCAAAACUCCUUCCAAAAUAGACAUGGUAGAUUUAACUCUUGGGGACCAAGAAAAGCCUAAACGUAAAAUAUCACCCAUACGGAUGGACAGAGGGAGAAUAUCUCCUAUACGAUUAGAUAAAGGUCAUUCACUGUCAGAUAGUCUUGAGAGGCAAAGUAAAAAAAGGAAAAGUAUAGCUGACCAAGGUUUUGUUGAUCCUAGCUUAGCAAGUGUGAAAGUCAAAGACACUGAAAGCCCAGUUGCAAGUAACAUUUCAAAAUCUCUCCUAGAAAGACUAGGAUCAGUCCCUGCCAAGGAAAAAAGCUCUCCAAUUACCCUUAAUGACUCGGGGAAUGGGGAAUCUGAUGGUUAUCACCCUGACGUAACUAGUCCAAGGGAAGUAGUAUCUGGCGAAAGGAAAUCUUUUUGGUGUCAGCACUGUAGCCGUAGUUUUAUUGCAGUGCAGGCGUACAUCUCACACCUGGAGUCUCCUAGGCAUCUCAAAGUUGCAAUGGUAAGUUUGCUAUACAUUUAUAACAAUUUAGUUAUGUUAAGAAACUUAUAUACAGUGGACCCCCCUUAUUCGCGGGGAAUGCGUACCAGACCCCCCCCACCCACGAAUAGUCAAAACCUGUGA